GAUUACAUCCAUUCAAACACUGGCAUAAGAAUCACGACACUAAACCAAACAACUGUCACUUUACGGCAGUAGACAUGGCUUCUCACUUCAGCGGUGUUUUGAAGCUGACAGAUCUUGAUGAUUUCAUAACGCCAUCCCAGGAGUGUGUCAAACCUGUCAAACUAGAAAAGAAGCAAGGGGAAUCUGUAGCGAAAAUACAAAUCGAAGACGAUGGCAGCUACUUCCAAAUCAACCAGGAUGGCGGGAAGCAGAAGCUGGAGAAAGCCAAAAUCACAUUAAACGACUGUCUGGCAUGUAGUGGCUGUAUCACCUCUGCUGAAAGUGUCCUGAUCGCCCAGCAGAGUCAGGAGGAGAUCUUCAAGGUGCUCCGCAAUAACAAGCUGGCCAGUGCCACAGACCAGGUGGUGGUGGUGGUGUCAGUUUCGCCCCAGUCCAGAGCCUCCCUGGCCGCACGCUUCGGGAUGAGUAGCAGCGAGACAGGCCGGAGGCUCACGUCCUUCCUCAAAGGCCUCGGGGUCCAUCACGUCUUCGACACAGGCUUCAGCCGGACCUUCAGUUUGCUGGAGAGCCAGCAGGAGUUCCUGGAGCGCUUCCAGAGGAAGGAGCAGGACAAGUCAGCUCUGCCCAUGUUGACAUCUGCCUGCCCAGGUUGGAUCUGCUAUGCAGAGAAGACCCAUGGGGAGUUCAUCCUUCCGUAUAUCAGCACCACACGCUCUCCCCAGCAGAUGAUGGGAUCCCUGGUGAAGGACUACUUCGCUGAAGCACAGGGCUUGAGUCCUCGGCAGAUUUUUCACGUAGCGGUGAUGCCCUGUUACGAUAAGAAACUAGAGGCCUCCCGGCCAGACUUCUACCUCGAAGAAGCAGAGUCCCGGGAGGUGGAUCUCGUCAUCACUGCAGGAGAAGUUCUGAGCAUGUUGGAGCAGGAGAAGGUGAUUCUGAAUGAGGUCAUGGCUGCACCCCUAGAUGAACUAUUCAGCAACGUCAACGGCGGUGAGUUACUGAGCCAUGCGGGUGGGGGGUCCGGGGGUUACCUCCACCACGUGUUCACACACACCGCCAAGCAGCUGUUCGGAGAGGAGGUGAAGGAGCUCACCUACAAGACACUGAAGAACAAGGACUUCCAGGAGGUGACCUUGGAGAAGGAUGGCGUGGUGGUGCUGCGCUUCGCCAGUACCUACGGCUUCCGUAACAUCCAAAACCUGGUGCAGAAACUCAAGAGGGGAAAGUCCCCGUACCACUUUGUGGAGGUUAUGGCCUGUCCCUCAGGCUGCCUGAACGGAGGUGGCCAGCUGAAGCCCCUGCCGGAUCAGACCAGCAAGGACCUCCUGCAGCAGGUGGAGCGGCUCUACAAGGCCGAGACGGCCUCCGUCCCAGAGGACGACACCCGCGUCUCGGACCUCUACCACUCCUGGCUUCACAACGUAGGGGCUGAGCGGGCCAGGCAGCUGCUGCGCACACAGUACCACGGAGUGGAGAAGAUCUCCAACGGGCUCAUCAUCAAGUGGUGAAAAGGAGGAGGCGGAGAUGGAGAAUAGGAGGUGAUUUUACUUAUGGUUUUUGAUAAAGGAAACGCACACAAAUCACGCAUAUAGGCCUGAAUCGAUCUACACGAAAAGUAUCAAAUGUAUCUGUAUAACCGUCCAAGGGAAAACAGGUUAUUUAUAUAAUAAUUUUUCACACAUUCUAUUUUUGCACAUUUUGACGUUGUGGUUGCAGAAAGACUGCUCGUCUAUUGUGUGAAGACUAAUAUUUUCAAAUAAUGAAUAAAUGUAACACUAUUUCAUCAUUCCUGCAUUAUGAAGAUUGUAAUUAAAUAUAUAUUUUAAAUGA